AUGGCCGCUCCUCUCUACACAAGCCAGCUGACGAGUUCCUCCUACCUCAGCGACGGCCUCGGGCCAGCUCUACCAUGCCGCGACUUCAGUGGCAAGAUCUUGAUCGCAACAGUCGGCCUUCCAGCUCGUGGCAAGACGCAUCUGUCGCAUGCUCUCGAACGCUAUCUGCGCUGGCUUGGUGUCCGAUGCGCCGUUCUGUCAUUGGGCGACUAUCGCCGCAAGGUUCUCGGUGGCGCUGAAAAGGUGCCUGCCGACUACUUUAAGUCAGGUCCAAAGAGCGCAGAGACGGAAGCGUUACGGAAGCGCAUCUUAGAUGAUUUCGAUGCGCAAGUGGUAGACUUCUUCAAAUCAGGCGGUCAGGUUGUCAUCUACGACGCCAACAAUGGCACCCAGGCGAGGAGGAUGGCUAUUCGGGAGACAUUCGGCAAAGGUCUAGGGAUUCAUGUCAUGUUCCUAGAGAGCAUUUGUACAGACCAGGCUAUCGUCGAAGCGAACAUCAGAAGCGUGAAGAUUUCGAGCCCCGAUUACGGAUCAUGGGAUCCAGAAAACGCUGUCAAAGACUUCAAGAACCGAAUUAAAGGACACGAAGCUUUCUACGAGCCGAUCGAGCAGCCAUCUUUCCCCUACAUCAAGGUCAUCAAUGUCGGCCAGCAGAUCAUUGUCAACAACAUUCAGGGUUACCUGCAGUCGCGAGUCGUCUUCUUCUUGAUGAAUAUUCACAAUCGACAAAGGACCAUCUACCUGGCGCGAGCAGGCGAGGCGCUGAUCGAGCACCUGUACAAGGCCGAUGCCGACCUCAGCUCGCUCGGCUGGGAGUACGCCGAGAAGCUUUGCGAAUAUGUGCAGGAGGUGCGGCACCAGAGAAAAGAGGCGAGCUUGGAGCGAGCAAAGGGAGGUGUCAUGACACCGGGAGGCCAUGAGCCUGGCACUGGUCCAGGAGAGGAGGGACGACCAUUGGAGGUCUGGACGUCUGCCCGACGCCGAUCGUCGCACACGGCACUGCCAUUCACCGAACGGGGCUACCGGGUCAUCGAGAGGUCGCAAUUAAGCGAGAUGAAUCCCGGCAUAGUCGACGGAAUGAGUGUGGACGAGAUCAAGGCACGCUUUCCUGAUGAAUGGGAAAAGAAGCUCAACGAGCCCUACUCGCAUCGCUUUCCCCGAGCGGAAAGCUAUCACGACCUAUCGGUCCGUCUGGAGCCGAUCAUCUUCGAAUUAGAGCGCGCGGCCGACGAUGUUCUCAUCAUUGGCCAAUCCUCUGUGCUUCGAUGCCUUAUCGCCUACCUCCAGGGACGCAAACCCAACGAGAUCCCUCUGAUUCAGGUUCACGAGGGUGACCUCAUUGAGAUUAGCCCGCAGGCAUACGGCGUCAAGACGAACAUCCUACCAUUCUGGGAUCCGGUCACUAAACGCAAAGAAAGGGAUGAGGCGUACUUCCGAGGGAAGGAUCAAGGUCAAGGAUCGUUAGCCACCGACGAGGAAGAUGAGGACGCUCAUCACAACGAGAUGCCUGACAUCCACUCGCUACCUUUACAUGCGCUUGAGGGUCAAUCGUCUGAUGCUCCCGAGCCGCUGGGAUCUGCACUUGGUCUCGCCAAAGGACGUGAGCGCUCCGGUAGUGCCAGCUCAAGCAGCACAGCGUCUGGUGGGCGCAGUGCUCGGCAAGACGAUGUCAACAAAACUUUGACCGCCGAAGACUACGAUCGCCUGUCCAAGGAUGAGCGCAGCACUUACGAUGCCCGGCAAGCUGAAAAGGAGGCAAAGGAGCAGGCUGGGCUUCCCUACCAGUGGAGUCAGACGCUCGACUCUGUCAGCCUCACCUUUGGUGUUCCGUCCGGCACUCGGGGUAAAGACAUCGGUGCAAGUCUCAAGCGCAAGUCGAUUUCGUUUGGCCUCAAAGGACAUGAGAGGAAAGUGGUAGACGGAGAUCUGUUCGAUACGAUCAAGGAAGAAGACAGCACGUGGAGCGUGAGCGAUGGCACCGUCGAGGUCCAUCUUGAGAAAGUUUCGCGGGAGCGGUGGUGGCCCCAUGUCCUCACAAAGGACCCGAAGAUCGACACCACGAAGAUCAACCCAGAGUCGAGCAAAUUGAGUGAUCUGGACGCAGAGUCACGCGCGAUGGUCGAGAAGAUGAUGUAUGAUAAUCGGCAGAAGCAGAUGGGAAAGCCCACCUCUGACGAAACAAAGAAGCUCGAGGCCCUCGAGAAGUUCAAGAAGCAGCACCCCGAGAUGGAUUUCUCGAAUGUCAAGAUGACAUGAAUCGGAAAUCAGAGGGAAUUCUAUGUUAUUGCGAGCGGAAAUUUGACUUUUGAGUGUGACUAGGAAACUCUCUUACUUCGCAACGAUGCCAGCGAGUUC